AUAAAGUGACUAUCAUAACGACGAAACCCUAGCCACCCCUCAACACUCUCCACUCUAACCCGCAGACGAGCAAGGCCUUUUCCGUCUCUGCAAUCUACUGGUUUAGUCAUGGCGGACGUUGAGACCGAUGUCGCUGCAGCAGGACAGCCAAAGAAGAGAACGUUCAAGAAGUUCAGUUUUAGAGGAGUUGAUUUGGAUGCUCUGUUGGACAUGUCUACCGAUGAGCUUGUCAAGCUCUUUCCUGCGCGUGCUCGCAGGAGGUUUCAGAGGGGCUUGAAGAGGAAGCCAAUGGCACUUAUCAAGAAACUGCGCAAGGCUAAAAGGGAGGCUCCACCUGGUGAGAAACCAGAACCAGUUAGGACUCACCUUCGCAACAUGAUUAUAGUACCUGAAAUGAUCGGUAGUGUCAUUGGUGUUUACAAUGGCAAGACCUUUAAUCAAGUUGAAAUCAAGCCUGAAAUGAUAAGCCAUUAUUUAGCUGAGUUCUCGAUCUCCUACAAGCCCGUUAAGCAUGGAAGACCUGGUAUUGGUGCCACCCAUUCUUCCAGGUUUAUUCCCCUCAAGUGAAGAUUUUGCGUAUGCAGUAGCUGUUGUUUCUUUCAUGGACUCUCCUUUUGUUUACCAGUUCGUAAUUUAGUAUUUUUAAAUUUUGGAGCUUGUCUUUAAAAGUGGAACAAGACGUUGUCUGUUUUUAUAUUCAAAUUAUGUUGUGCUUAAGAUACUGAAAUUCUAGCUGUCGUGAUGUUUGCUUGUA